AUGGCUUUUCCAAGAAAUGUUGCAAUUUUUCUGCUUCAUCUUGUACUUCUUCCUAUUGCAUUUCAACAUUGUAAUGCAAAGGGCCUCAAACUUGAUUUCUAUAAAAAGACAUGCCCCGGUGCUGAGGCAACAGUCAAGCACAUGAUGACCGGCUUCAUGUCUCGAGCACCAACUCUUGCUGCUUCUUUUCUCAGAAUGCACUUCCAUGAUUGUUUCGUUCGAGGGUGUGAUGGUUCUGUGCUACUGAAUUCCACUAGGAAGAGCAAAUCCGAAAAAGAUGCAAUUCCUAACCAAACUUUGAGAGGAUUCCAAGUGAUUGACACCAUAAAAUCUGCACUGGAAAAGAAGUGCCCGGGUGUAGUUUCCUGUGCAGACAUCUUAGCCUUGGUCGCUCGAGAUGCAGUCUCAUUGCUCAAUGGACCAUUUUGGAUUGUGCCUUUGGGACGAAGAGAUGGAAGAGUUUCUUUAAUGAAUGAGGCCUUGGCAAAUCUUCCACCUCCAUUUGCUAACAUUACUGAACUCAAAGCAUCAUUUGCAGCCAAGGGUUUGAAUACAAAGGACCUGGCUGUCCUGUCAGGAGGACAUACAAUUGGAAAUGCUCAUUGCUUUGUCUUCAGCAGCCGUUUAUACAACUUUACCGGCAAAGGUGACACAGACCCUUCUUUGGAUCCCAAGUACAUUCCAUUCCUAAAGAAGAAAUGCAAGCCAGAAGAUGUCACUACACUUGUUGAAAUGACUCCUGGAACCGUUAAAUCCUUUGAUGAAGAUUAUUACACACUAAUAACAAAAGGAAGAGGGCUUUUUCAAUCUGAUGCUGCUCUUCUUGAUGAUAGGCAGACCAGGGCUUAUGUCAAACUUCAAGCCACUAGUCAUGGAUCAACUUUCUUCAGAGACUUUGCUGCAUCUAUGGUGAAAUUGGGUAAAGUUGGAGUUCUCACAGGAAAGGCUGGUGAAAUUAGGAGACAUUGUGCUUUGGUUAAUUAA